UUGAAUAUGAAUGUUUGAAGCCGCUGCUGGCACCGCCUCUGGUCUGUAAGUCAGCGCCGAGGGCUUGAAUCACCCGUGGAAGGAAGAGGAAAACGAAGUUAACGCUGGUAGCUUGUAGCCUGGCUAUGAACCCCUGAAACAGGAGAAAAACACUUAGCGCCAACACUCAAAUGGCUAUAUAGCUAACUUGCCGGAGCUGUUAAACCUAACCGGGUCAAAUGGUUUAUGAGACUGAGCAGCCAUGGGUGACAUGAAAACCCCAGAUUUUGAUGACCUCUUGGCAGCCUUUGACAUCCCAGAUGCCCCGGGAUUAGAUGAUAAAGAGCCCAUCCAGGGGAGUCAUGAAGAGCCGGAAAGUCAGCUGAAACACACAGGGAUGUGCUUGGAUGACAGCCUUUUGAGUCACCAAGCUAUCACAACAGCCGAUGUCCCCGCUGUGAGUGUUAUUGUGAAAAACACAAGCCGGCAGGAGUUGUUGGAAGGUUUUGGUGACAGGCUUCACUCAGGACCAGCACUGCAAAAUGGAUUCAGGGGACAAGAGACCUCCAUAAGCUCUGCUGAGACAAUGAACACUGACUUCUCCAAAUCAUUUGCGUCUGCAUUGAAUGGGCAGAGUUCAAGAGAUCUUCCUGGAAAGGCACCUGUCCAGCACAAACCUGAUGGGACACCAUUAUUUUCCCAGCCACUUUCACACUUUAGUCCCGUCUCCAGCCCUGAGUCUGAAGAUACUCACUGUAUUAUAGAUGAAAUGCAUUCAAAAAAAGAGACUCCCUGUUUUCCAGAAGCUUCAGUUUUGGUGGAACCCUCAGUCCCAGGAAAUCCAAAACAAAUGGACAUGUUUGAUAACGGUCCCAAGGACUCCGAAAUUCACAAGGAUGCUCAAAGGAACACAGCAGAAAGUAAUAAAAGCGAGGAGCCCUCUGACAUCUAUGCCAGUAGCAAAACAGAGAAAACACCUAGAGUAGACCUGGCAUUUACCCCACCAAGCAGAAACCAGAACUUUGUUGACACCAAUUGCAAUUCAGUACCCACCGUUGAUGCUUCCAACUCUUAUUCACAUGUCAAGUCUCAGACAUCUAAAUUUUCCUCCUGUCUCGAGGCCCUGGUGGCUCUUAAUGCUAGAAAAGAUCCCACCGAGCAGACGGGUCUCAGAGAGUCGUCAGUGGCUCAGAACGAUUGCCUGAAAGCUAGUCCCAAGGUGCCCAUAUCCCCACGAAGCCCCAGAAGUCCUCUUGAAGCAGUGAAACGGUUAAUGAAACCUUCUGAUAGCCCCGUGAGCAUCUGCAGUGAUAGUAGCGGCAAAGCGUCCCCUGCAGUGGCAUCUGGGUCGCCCCCAGCCAUACCCAGAGUCAGAAUCAAGACCAUUAAAACCAUGUCUGGUCAGAUCAAGCGCACGGUCACCAGCGUGCUGCCUGAUUCAGAAACGGAUGAAGUCCAUUCUGCCUAUGAAUCCUCCCCGGCACAGAGUAUGAUUAGUGAAGAUUCUUACUGUAAUGUGUCCCCACGUCAGUCUCACAUUGUUGACAGCAUUGUUGGAAUACAGCCUAAAGGUAAUCUAGCUAGUACAUCUUCACCAAAGAUUUUACGCAGAAGGUCUGAGGAAAACUCCAGCAGGUCAGGUAUAAAACAGUCAACAACCAUAUUCCAUAAUACUAGUGGUUCUGUCAAAAGAUCAGCUGCACACGUUAAGAAACCAAAGAGAGGUUCAGCUGCAACGGGCCACACAGCAAGCACAAACUUCCUUCCGAAAGCAAUGCACUUAGCUAGUCUAAACCUGGUCCCUCACAGUGUUGCUGCUUCAGUAACUGCACGGUCCACCUCCCACCAACAACACCAACACACACUCUCCUCCACUGUGUGCAGCACUGUCCCGUUAGUGCAUCAAGUCAAAACAGCCAACCCUUCUCCCCGUGCUUCUAUUCAUAACACAGCUGCAGGAACCUUAAACAGACUUUUAAACAAUGCCAACCCUGUGCCUACGUAUGUUCCCAACUUGAACCCCCCUCCAGAGAGCAAUAUCAAUCUUCCACCACGUGGAUACUGCUGUCUCGAGUGCGGCGACUCCUUUGGAGUGGAGAGGAGUCUUGCGUUUCAUUACAGCAGGAGGAGCGUCCACAUCGAAGUAGGAUGUACACACUGCGCAAAGACGAUGGUGUUCUUCAACAAGUGUGCCCUGUUGGCACACGCCCGGGAGCACAAGAACAAUGGCACGGUGAUGCAGUGCACGCAGCUCCAUUUGAGACCCAUAUCUGAGGAACAAAUGUUUGUACCCCUGAGCACCGAACCACUGAGUUUGGGCUCUUACACCCCGUCGUCGUCCCCGCAAAAAAAUGAACCCGUCCUGCCCUUAUAUCCAGAUACUCCCAGUCGCCACAGACUCCGCUGCCUGGAGUGUAACAAACAGUUACCAGACAACAAAGCACUCGCAGGCCAUUACCAGAAGCCGUCAGAAGAUGUGGAAGGACUAAUUUGUAAAGCAUGCUCAAUGCUGUUACCCAACAAGUGCAGCUUCAGAGCUCACCAGCGUCUCCAUGCACACAAGUCCCCUUACUGCUGUCCUGAGUGUGGUGCCCUGAGUCGUUCUGCAGACAUACAGAAGCACGUCAAGGAAAACUGUCUGCACUACGCUCGCAAGGCUUGGUACAAAUGUCUUCACUGUGAUAUGGUGUUCAGGACCCUUCAAGGACAGAAGACUCACAUUGAAGAGAAACACUGUGAAGUCUUUUACAAGUGCUCUGUUUGUCCGGUUGCCUUCAAGACCUCUGAAAGCUGUGAAGCACAUCUGAAAAAUAAACACAGUGCUAGCAAAAUAUCUCCUCAGUUAAUCUUUAAGUGUUCGUGUGAGAAAAUCUUCAAGAAAAAGCAGUUACUGUUUCAGCACUUCCAUCAAAAUGCCAACAAGCGCGUUUCGUGCGUAUUCAAGUGUCCAGAGUGCAACUCGGUCUUUCCACAUAAACAGCUGUUAAUGCGUCACUUCAAGAGUGUACAUGUAGGUAACAUGGCAGCAGAGACAGAGGACAUCAGUAAAGAAACGGAGAAGCCAGACCGAUACCAGGAGUCUGUCCAGCAGCAGAAGAGCCACCGUCCUGUCAAACACACGGAUGGUCCCCGAAAAAAGUCUGAACAGGAUGGCAGACCUCGCAUGAAACCCACCGGCUGGACGUGUGGGGAGUGUCUCCAGUUGUUCACUGACCGGGAAUCCUACGUUUCACAUGUGAAGACGAGCCACGGAAAAUCGGUAAAGAAGUAUCCCUGUCGACACUGUGAACAGUCCUUCAACUCUGCCACCAGUCUGAGAAGACAUAUUCGUAACGACCAUGAUGGGAAAAGGAGAAUUUACACUUGUUGGUAUUGCACGGAUGCCAAGACAAUAUUCACAUCAAGCGUGAUGUUGAAGAACCACAUCAGUCUUAUGCACGGAAUUAAAAAUCCUGAUCUCAGCCAAAUGCCAAAAACAUCCAUCCAAGAAUACAAAAAGGCUUCGGGAAAGGGGACUGCUCCCGCGGUCGGCACGCAGGAUCACACUGCUAGUCUGGAGGCUCCUUCGGCCAAACGUCUGAAGACUCAGUUCCGCUGUUCAAAGUGUGGCUUCGUGACGGACGACAGUGCAGAGUUCCAGCAGCAUAUACCUCAGCAUAAAACUGAUGAAAACACUCCUCAGUGCCUUCACUGUGGACUGUGUUUCACAUCUGUGCUGUCUCUCAAUAGACAUCUUUUCAUCGUGCACAAAAUCAAAGAUCCCGAGGAAGCGGAGGACAAGGGGAAGGAGGAUAACCAGCCAUUUAGAUCAGCAGGGGCUGAUGAGGUAAAUUACUUAUUACCAGAGCUAAAUGAAUUUGAGCCCGUACAGGGAGAAGAGCCAGAAAGUCCUCACUGUAUCAAGACCGCAGACUGUAAUUUAACACCGAGCUCUCACUCUCAGACACAAGCAGUCUCUCUCCAGCAGUAAGAGCUGCUGCAAUUCUUCUUUAAAGCUGCUUAAAGAUCUUCGGUGAAAGUCACAAAGGAUGGUUGAUGCUCGUCACAGAGGUGGUACAAAGAUUUGCAGUCCUUUAAUUUGAACAUUUCAAGGUAUCUGGAGACAGUGCAGUAUAUUGAAGCAGAUAUUUAAUAAAGAACAGUAUUUUCAUGUUACUUUUUUUUUUAUAUAUAACCUUGCAUGUCGGUAAUAUAUUAAUCUUGCCUUUCAGAUACACCUGCACUCAUACUACAACUGAAACAUGUCUUUCUUUUCCUCAUAUGUUCCAUCCACCCUGACUGAAGACUCAGGAAUGUUUUAAUGUUUGUUUUAAGGUCUGGUAUUAAUUGAUUUCAAAGUGAAGUGGGUGGAUAUUCACCUUUGUGACUGAUUGUAAUUUAAGUUGCUUUUUUUUUUUCAAAAAAAAAAAAAAAGAAUAUUAUUUAAUGCUACACACUAUUACCUGAAUAAAAUUCAGGUUGCAUUUUUAUGCCAUCAGUAUGUUGCUAAUAGUCUGCAACACAAGAAUUUUAGUCACCAUGUAUUACAUAACUUGUUAUAUUUCAUUUAAAAUGUAUGGUAAACAGUUAAUGGAAAAUGUUUCCUAUGAGAUCACCUACAAUUGUUCUGUUGCUAAACAGAGCCUAGUGAAGUUGGGCUACACAGAAGAACCAACACCUCUUUUGGGAUUUUAAAUGCUUUUGACUUUACUUGUAUUUAACAUGUUUGAUUUAUUGAUGCAUGAUUUGUACCAGUCCUGGCCUUUUUGAUGUCAUUUGUUCAUUUUUUUUUUUUUUUAUUUUUUUUUUUUCUCGUUGAGUGUUUGGGGGAAACAGAGAGGUAUUAACACAUGUGCUGCAGCAGUAUUGAAAAUACCUCAAAUUUGCCAGAGUGUAUUGUUUUCUGGCAAGCGAACAGUCAAUGUUAUGUCAAAUCAGGGUACAUUGUUUUGGAUAAUCCAGAGCAUGUGUAAGAGUGACGUAGGGAUGCGUGUCAGAGAGAAUGUGUUAUAGAUCAGGACUGGGUAGGAUGAAUGCAUGCAGGUAUUAGAUCGGUUCUUACAAUGGUGGACGCUUCUUCUCGGUGGGUUCUGGUUUGUGAAGCAGCUUCUCUUGUUUUGUAUUGACUACAUGACAGUUCCUACCUCCACGGUAAAUGGCAGUGAUUGUUAAACAUUGAAAGGCUUUGAGAGGUUGCAGUUAAUCUCAGUGCAAUGUAUAUAUAUAUAUAUAAAAAAGACUGAAAAAAGUUUAUAAAACUUGUAUUAUCCCAUAUUAUUCAAUUUUAUAAAUUAUUUUGGGAAUUAUCUUAAGGCUUUAUAUGGUCAUAUUGACUUAAUUUUCUAUGUAAGUGCAGUAUGAACUCUCUAAUUCUCUGUUAGUCCUUAAAAUCACCACACUGCAGCUGUUCUACUGCAGAGACCGAAAAUAAUUACUUGUUUGUGAUUUGUUCUUUUGUAAUGUUUGUUGGAAGACAUUUGUACUUUUGAUACUGUGUACAGUGAGGACUUGUAUAGGAAAGUAACAUGUGUACAUAUACAGUAGCCAAUGAAACCGGGAUUCACAGCAUUUCUUAAGCCAUUACAUCUGUUCAGCAUGCAGUGGCCCAUGUGCCUUGCUGUUACGUUUACGUAAAGUACUUACAAAUAAAUUGGUGCAUUUAAUUAUA